UUUUAUGUAAAUGCUUUAUUUCAUUGAGCUAGCUGAGUGAAUUUACUCUUAUAAUAACGGGCAGUGACGAAUGUUAUUCGAUUCAUCAUCCGUUAACUUUCUACGACUCGUCCUUCCUUACGCAUUCGGCGUUUAGUUAAUCCCUAAUAAAGUCGUUUUCGGGCCUACGUGAUCUACAAGCGCAAGUGAAAUGAAACCCGGCCACAGUGAAUAUCUUUUCGAGGACACUAUUAAGUAACUAAUUCUUGUUGCCCUUGUCCUCUUUUACUGGAACGAUGGGUGUAAUCGAAUAGACACGAACUAAAUAUUAAACACUAUGAUGAAGCAUGGUACUAGUUUUAAAUAAUCCGCUUUCACAUUAUAAAAAAUUUGGCAAGUUCCCAAUUAGUGAUUUCGUACUCUUAAUAGCCAGAGAACAAGUGUAUCUAAAGAAAUGAAAGACAUUGUACAAAAGAAUAUAAUACAAGAUUUGAAAAGGAAUAGGAUUUGUAUAUUUCACGUAUAAUAAAAUUGUUCUUAUGUUCGAAAUAUUAGCGUAUGCGUGGACCAGAGCGUGGACCUGGAGAGACAGUUAAGAUCGAUGCAGCUGGAGGUGGAGAAUCUUCAGCGGCAGUUGCAUACGUCUUCGUACGACCGGGAGAAUGCGAUCCAGGAGAAUCGUCGGAUUCAGGACGAUUUGGCAGCAGCCACUUGCGAGGUCAGAAAUUUACAACGGGAAUUGGAGGCGUCUCGUGCCGAGUCCUUCGACCUGAAGAAACAACUUCAAACGUACGUCACCGAGGUCCGCCGGGUCGAAGAGCUUCUCAAUAGAAAGGAGAAUGAAAGGACGGAGAUGCUGAAUCACUUCAGAAGCUUAAGCUUAGAAGCAACUGUUUUGGAGAACAAUAAUCAUAGCUUAGAAUCCGAAGCGGCGGAAGCGAGAGGCGCCCUUCAAUCGGCUAGGGACCGGUUAUUGGAUUUGGAGCGACAAUUGGUUGACAAAGACUGUUUGAUAAGGGGUUAUGAAACACAGAUUAGCGAAUUGACUCAAAAUGUGGCUAGUAUGGAGACACAACUGCGUCAACAGGGGGAACAGAGACACAGGACAGAAGCAGACUUGACUGCCGUCAGAGAUUUGUGUAUGAAACUCGAUCAGCAGAAGGAUUCGCUUAUGCAGCAAUUGGAUGGUAAAGACACAAUUAAAGCGCAGUAUGAUAUGCAAAUCGCAAAAUUGAAAGCGGAACAGGCUGUAAUUCAGGAUCAAAUGGGGAAAGAUCGAGCAACUGUGGAACGGCUCGAAAUGCUAUUAGAUCAAGCGAGACAGGAAUCCAUAACCGCGCAGGCUAACAAUCAAGAGCUACAAAACGAAAUGACUAGGAUGAGGCUGAAAAUGUCUGAGCUUCAGGAAAAAUUAUCUUCAGAAUCGUCAAAGCUACGGCAGUAUCAAACGCAAGCGGCGGAGUACUGCAAGCAAAUUAGCGAACUCCGUAGACAAGUUACAAACGAGAGAUUUGAUCGCGCGAAAAAGGACGAAGAGAGUCGCAGAUCAUUGGAAGACUCCCCCGAUCCGCUUCCCCAAACUCCACUUCCUAAUAAUCAAGUUCCUAACGAGUGCGACACUAAAUGCAGGUCUUUAAACUCAACACCCGACAGUUUUAACGUAGAUCUAAACGUGGUAAUAUAAAAGUCGUUUAACGCUAGCCUGAUCGAUAGAUAUUUGCAGAGCGAUGCGUACAGGGAACGCGCCGGCGGGCAAACAGAGAGAAGCGGAUCGAGGAUCACCGC